AUGCAUCAGUGUGAAUGUUUAACGCAAGUUCAGCCUUUAGGAUCAAUAUUAUUUGAGGAUCAUGGAUUUCCCAAGAAAUGCUUUAUACAAAAUGAUAUAGCACAACUUGCAACAAGAUUAAAAUUCCAAGAGUUACUUCCAAAAAAUAUCGAACUAAUGAAUGAUUACAAUUUAGUGGCGAUGAUUAAGUAUUUUUAUGGAAUUAAUGAGAUCCUAGAGCAUAUGGGUGAAGGGGAAGCAAGACAAUUAGUUCUCAAGUGUUUUUACGACAUGCUUGGAAGUUACUUAAAGCACAUCGUCCUUCCAAUCACAAAAUAUUCAUUCUAUGCCGGUAAUGUGACAUAUUCAGUCGCUCAAAAUGUAUUUGAUCUUUUCGAUCGUUGUAAGGAACUACUUGACACAAAUGGAAAUAGCUGGUCGGAAGCAAUAACAGAUUUCUCUCAAUUUAAUGUCAAGAUCAUUCCACUUAUGAUUCCAAAAACAUCUGAUGAUGAGGCUAUGAAAGCAUGUUCCAAUCUUGUCACAAACCAAAAUGACGAUGAUAAUGAAGAGGAUAUGCUAGUUCCAUUGCCGAAAAUUGAAACUGAAGAUAAUGAUGAUUUAUCGACAAUUCGAUUGCCAUUAAAGCGCAAACAUACGUUUAACAUAAAUUCUAAAAAGUCUGCUUUCAUUUUACUACGUUAUUUUGUGUCAGUGACUCAGUGCUUCAAAUAUCAAGGAAUCAAUCAAUCACUGUUUAAUAAGAAAUUGAAUUUAUGGAUAACUGACAAUGUUUUGCCGUAUCUUGAUGAUGAUCAGCUUUAUCCAGCAUUUGGUGCCAUUUUGAGAAUUUUGGAGACAAUUAAAAGUUCUGAUGAAACUAUUUAUCAAGGAACUAGUCAAAAGAACUCAAAAAGGCAUAAACAACAGCUUGUGGAAUCGAAAAACUUUUUUGACUACACUAAAAACAUAAAUUCCGAUGAAUUUUCGUUUGACGACAGAAAUCGUGAUUUUAAUUGGUGGCAGAAUGCUGUUUUAGCAUCGAUUGGAAUAGUUAUCUUAGCUUUAUUGCUAAUUUACAUGAUCAUAAGGAUUUGUUGCAAUCGAAAGAAGAUUCGAGAAGUCGAGUACAAAAAAAACUCGAAUAAGAAAACUUUGAAGGAUAAGAUAAGAAAUGUCCUUAAAAAUAGCACGCAUAUGCCUGAACAUGACGAGUUUUAUGAAUACAAGAAGGUUCGCAACAAAAAAGGAAUCAAAUUUGAGAAUGAAAAGAAGUCAUCGCCACUGAGAAAAUUUAGAAAAGAUAAAGAAAAAGUCAAUUUGCCAUUACUGAAUAUGGCUGAAUCUGAGGAUGAAAUUGUGCUUCUCGAGUCAAAAAAAUCCACUCCUCAUUCAUCACUUAGUUCAUUGAGUAAGAAGACUGCUUUUAAAUUGUCAGAGGAAUCAGACAACAACAGUAAGCAAGACAUGAAAAAUUCACAUAGAUUCCUACAAAAGAUUCGUCCCAAAUCGCCAGCUCGAAAGAAUCAUUACGGAUAG